AUGGGAAAGAUCUUAAUCGGAGUCUUUGUUGCAGUUGCAUCUUUCAUGCUUGGUAAGACACAUUAUCAGAUUAUUGUUAGAGAUUUAUUGAUUGAUCACAAGAUCUGAGAAACAAUGCGGAUGGGCUUUCUUGUGGGGGUGAACAACUUCUAUGACCAGAAUUAAACUAAUGAGUUUGUUCUUUAAAAAAGGCGGGAAAUAUUUUAUCAGCUAUAGCGGAAAUUUUGAAGAAAAAAAAAUACCUCAGAUGUCUUCAGUCUUUUUCUUUAAGUUUGGAAUAAUUUUAGCCAUUGAAGGUUUAGGCGUCAGGUUAAAAAAAGGGUAACUGAAGUAUAUUUUUAAGCGUCAGUCAAGCCAAACCAGAACAAAAACUUUUUCAUACUUCUCCCUGGAGAUAUCGAGCCAUUCAUAGUUUACUCUGAUAUCAGCAGGUGUCCAGAUUAUCAGAAAUUUGUCAUAAAAAAAGAAUGAAUUUUAAUGUUUUUCUCUGUAAACUAUAAAAAAUUGUGAUAAAUAUAUAUUUUUAGAAAUCCUUCAUUUUAUUUGAAACAAUAAAACAAAAAACAAAGUCCACCUCCUACAGAUCUGGAGGACAACUUAUGUUGUUUAAAUCCUACAUCCAAAGUUUGAGCUCUAUAAAAGAAAUCCCAUUCACUCCCCUUCAUGAGAUUAAAUACCAGAAAUAUUUUGUAGCCAAAAAAAAAAAGAAAGAAAGAAAAAUUAGCUGCAAAGAAAAACAAAAAAAAUCCUACAAAUUGACAUCCUUUGACAAUAGGUGUUUUGCUCUGCGCUCUGAUUGUGUUUUAAUCCAGGGCGGGGCUUUUGUGUGCACCAAAGGUCAGGGUGUGGUGGAAUUUCACCCCCCUCGAACCAGUGUUUGCUGAACCACAGACUUGGCAGACGGUCAAGAUGACAGACUGAGAAAAGACUUAAGAGAUACGUCCGCAGCAAGACUGAAGUUUCUCAUUCAAAAAUACAAGUUAGAAAACCUAUUAACAAAAUAAACUUAAAAUGGCUACGAUGAAAAUCUUGAGCUUUUCAAAGUCUCAUCCCAGACGGACUCAAAAACAAACAGUCAGACCAUAGAAGUGGUGUAUAUAUCGCACUUUAAGUUAUUUUCUACACUUAUGCAAACAAGAUGCAGCCUAAAAGAGAAAAAGAAAUAGAAAAUGUACAUCAUUUAUUCAUUUUGACGUUUGUGUUACUUUUGUGUUUCAGCCGAGUCCCUGGUCUGCAACAAAUGCAGCUAUGGUCUGUUGGGUUUCUGCCUUAGCGUAACAGAGGAGACCUGCGCAACCAACACCAGCGUCUGUGCCACUGGAAAAGCAAGUAAGUCACCUCCUUACACCCUCCCUAUCCAAACAACACUAACAAUACAAGCAUGAUUCAGAAAAUCAUGUCAUCAAUAUGUCCGAAUUCUGAUGAUGAAGUAGGCUUAAUUGGCAAGGUUACCAAAAUAAAAACACAAAAACACCAAGAAAGAGUCAUGAAUAUUAGAUUAUACCAAAGGUAUAAAGUUUCUUUCCAGAGUCUGACAAAACUUUUUCUCCACAGCCUUCCCAUCAGUCUCAAGCAGCGUUGGUUUCAACACCCAAUCCUGCAGGGAGCCAAGCGGCUGUAACGCAACAAGCAACGGCACACUGCCAAUCUUGAGCGUAAUGUACCAGAUCAAAGUUGACUGCUGCUCAACUGACAAGUGCAACCCAACCCAGGUCAGCGGGGCUCCAUCCACCAAGAUGACCUUCGCCUCUGUAGUUGGUGCAGUAGUCUUGUCCUCUAUGUUGGGCCUGCUGUAA